AUGGAGUGGUCAAAUAGGGAUUUUAAGAAAGGAAGAUGUCUACAAAUACAGGCGGAGAGGGAGAAACGAUACAAGUUUGAGGAAGUAGAUACAUUCACGUGUCUAGGAACUGUAUUCAUAAGGAAACCAAGUUUUGCAACGAACGGCAGAAACAUCAGAAACUUACCUUGUAUAUCUAGAAAGAACAACAAUCUCAGUGGCGUAUGCAUGUUCGCCAUAGACUGUCUAAAAGCCAACGGUACUCACUUGGGUACCUGCAUAGACAGAUUUUACUUUGGUUCCUGUUGCCACAUCGAACCAGUGAAAGAUUUAGGAAAUAACAUAGAAUCUAACGUCAUUUUGGAUAGUCGAGAACCACCAGAGAGGAUCCAUAAUACUACGCUUGCUUUAAUGGGAAAUACCAGCAGUACUAGUAGUAGUACUGAAACCAGUGUGAUUACUGAAGUAGGAUCAAGUAUAUCUUGGACAGAGAAACAAACAUCAAGUACAAGUCAUCCCAGCUCUGUGUCACUUCCUUUAAGCUCAACAGUUAAACCCUUUGCUGAAAAAGUACCUGUAACCAUUAGCACAUCAACCGAAAUAACUACAGUACCUCAGAAACUUCAAACGUUCCAAAUUGUUGGUAGUUCUUCCAUAGAAACCACUACGUUCAGAACUACAUCACAGUCAACAACUAGGAAACCGAAUAUAACCACUGUAGCACCUAUAAAAACAACUUCCAAAUUUAAGCCAUCACAGAAACCAUAUAAACCAACUGCUGCAACGACUAAUAAACCUUUUAAACCGGUUUCUACAACUAAGGGAACAAGCAAACCUAUAAAACCAGCUUUAAGUAGUACUAAACGACCGUAUAGUACAACAAGAAGGACAACUACAACUAAGAAAGUUUAUACGAGUACGAAAAAGCCGACUACUAAAAAGCCUUCAAGUGUAAAACCAACGAAAGUAUAUACUAAACCUCCUAUACAAACUACAUCCAAACCUGUUAGUACAACAAAGAGACCCUUACAAACAACAACCACAAAAUCAACAACUUCAAUAUCUAGCUCUACAGAGAAAAUUACAGAGUCAACUACAAAACCAUCAAGUACAACUCAAAAAUUAGUUACUACUCAACCUUCAUCAACCACUUUGUCUACUUCAACAAGCAGUCAGAAACCUUUAUUAUCAACUGAAAGUACUGAAUCAACAGAUAUUACUAGUAUAAAAAAUAUUACUAGUUUUGAGAGUAGUACAACUAUAAAUCCCCUUUCUAAUGAGGUUAUUGAGAGCUCUGGAUUGUUAACUAUCGUUAAUACCACGUCUUCAAAACCUACAGAUUACAGUACUACAGGAAUUAGUACAACUUCUAUUUCUUCGGAAUCAAGCAGUACUACUGCAAGUUCCAGUACUGCUUCAAGCACGUCUACUACAGUAUAUUCAAGUACUACAAUAACAUCACCAAGUUCAACUACAUCACAGCCUCCAGGACUAGUAACAUGGACUUUAGAGGAUGUUAAAAACACCACAACCCUAGCACCAGUAAACGAAACCUUUUUGAUAGGAAAUGUGACUAAUGAAUGGAUUCCCAUAACCACGACUGAUAGUUGGGUACUGCUUCCAAGUGUUACUACUACGUCAGAUCAACAGAAAAACGAAUCUACCUCUAGUACUAGCUCAAUAGAACCUGUGUCUACAUCAGAAUCAACAUCUAGUCCAGGUUUAGUAGAAGUACCAGUUCCAACAACCAUCAAGGAACCUAUAUCGCCAACCACAGAAGAGUAUGUCGUGUCUUUGACAACAACAGCUGCUCCAAAUGUCACUGAUAUAGUAAAUGUCAGUGGUACUGAGAGUUCAACGUCAACGAGUACUGGUAUCAUGACGUCUACUACAGAAGAAGUUACGAAAAAGCCAGUGAAUAUGAGCGAUUUUACAGAUGUAUGCGGUAGGAGAAUGUGGCCAGAGGCCAGGAUAGUCGGAGGAGAAAAAUCCAGCUUUGGAAAAUGGCCUUGGCAGAUAUCCCUCAGACAAUGGAGAACCUCCACGUACCUACACAAGUGCGGUGCAGCUUUGCUGAACGAGAAUUGGGCUAUAACAGCUGCCCAUUGCGUUGACAACGUACCUCCAAGUGACCUUCUACUUCGACUGGGAGAACACGAUCUCUCCACCGAAGGAGAACCCUACCUUCAUGAAGAAAGAAGAGUCCAGAUAGUAGCCUCUCAUCCAAACUUCGACCCUAGGACGUUCGAGUACGACUUGGCAUUGCUCAGGUUCUACGAACCAGUUCAGUUUCAACCUAACAUCAUUCCAAUCUGUGUUCCUACUGAAGACGAGAACUUUGUUGGAAGAACUGCUUAUGUAACUGGAUGGGGAAGAUUAUAUGAAGAUGGACCUCUACCGAGCGUUCUGCAAGAAGUGUCCGUACCAGUGAUCAACAAUUCAGUCUGCGAAACAAUGUACCGAUCUGCAGGGUACAUUGAGCACAUCCCCAACAUAUUUAUAUGCGCAGGAUGGAGAAAAGGUGGUUUUGACUCAUGCGAGGGUGAUUCAGGAGGACCAAUGGUCAUACAAAGAGAGGACAAAAGGUUUCUUUUAGCCGGCAUCAUAUCUUGGGGUAUAGGCUGUGCAGAACCGAACCAACCGGGAGUCUAUACUAGGAUCAGCGAGUUUAGAGUGUGGAUCAAUAAAAUUCUACAGUUCUAGAACCAAACGAAAAAAAAACGAACCAAACGACAAAUACAAAGCGCGAGUGUUUUUAUAAACAUUAAAAAACGUACUUUUUGUGAUAAAACAAGAUUUUCUCAAAGAAAAAAAAUGACAUUUAAUAAGUGAACUAAGUAUCGAAUUAUUGUACAGUAUUUUUUCUACGACUUAGAGUUAAGAAACAAACAAAAAAACAGAAAUUCUGAUAUUAUAUUUAUUUAUUUUAAUAUUAUGCACAAAAUACCUUUUAUCAC